CUGUGUUUUGUGACUCAAGACAGAUAUUAGAGUAGUUCAACAACACAUGAAACUGGGUAGAUGCACACAUGCCCAAAGUUGAGGCUGUGCCAGUUUAUACUGUAAAAGUGUUUACAGCCAUGUUUUUAUGCAGGCAUGUAAAAUAGCAGUAGCAUACCCAAGUGCUAUUUUCCGUGUGGGUCACUAAAAGCUGAUACAAACAGGAUGUAAUGGGUCACUAGAAAAUCUUACCAUCUGACCAAGACUGUCGUAGGCAACCUCAUGACUGAUGGUCAUAUGAAAAGCAAAUUUGUUUCAGUUUUCUGUGCAAUGGUAAAUUUUACACAAUCUAUAAUGUAAUAUUUAAUGUAUAUUACAUAGUCUUAUAUGCAUGUAGUAUUAUGUACUAUAAUUAUGUAGUAUAAUGCUUAGGCUUAUGGAAGAGCCUACCUAAACUCAGAUAACAUGCCUAUGAAGUUUCAGAAAAAAUAAGUGAAAAACCCAACCCCAAAGGUGAUCUGUUGCCAUUAUUUUUGUCCACUUGCAUGGCAUAAAAGUUUGACAUUGUCAAUAAGCCAUUUAAGACAAGCAUCUAAUUCCUAUAAACACUUUUUAACUGAAUUCUAGAAGGCAGUUGUGGCUUCACCUCUGCAGAAAUUCUACAUUUUCCUAAUUAACUGGGAAAACAAAAAUUUAGUACCUUCAGCAGGUUUCUCUUCACUUGGUUUCAAGCUCUGUGAAAAGCCACCAUAGAAAAACUUCUUAAAAAUCAAAUUGCAGCAGCAAUACAGUCCCAUCUAGGGGAAGAGAACUGCUUUUCUAUAACUUUUUUUUUUUCCCCUCCCACACUGGACAAUACUGGCGGGUUGAGAUUUAACCAGAGAUGGGCUCCUUUUACAAGAUUGCUUAUAUAAAGCGAAGAUAAUGCCAGCUGGGUUCAUUUGAAAGAGGACAUCUUGGGAAGAGCCGACAGCGCAGCUACUGGAAUAAGACCGGAAUGAAAAUCUGAAAUACUUAUCCCCUUCCUGUCCUGUAGAUCACUGCAAGAAAUGCUGACUCUUACUGUGUAUCUGCUGGUCAUCUUGGCUCGAGCUCUUGGGGGGCCUUGCAGUCCAAAUAAAGCAGAUGUAAUUCUGGUAUACUGCUAUCCUAAAACCAUCAUUACCAGAAUUCCAGAGUGUCCUUACGGAUGGGAGGUAAAUCAGCUGGCACUUGGAGGCAUUUGCUAUAAUGGGAUCCACGAUUCAGGAUAUUACCAAUUCACAAUCCCAGACCUGUCACCUAAAAACAGAUCAUACUGUGGGACACAGUCAGAGUUCAAGAAUCCCAUUUACCACUUCUACAACUCCAUCGUCUCCAAUGACUCCUCAGUAAUUGUGAAGAGCCAGCCUGUGAAUUACUCGUUCACCUGCUCAUACAAUGCCAACUAUCUGGUGAACCAGGCUGCCUUUGACCAAAGGGUGGCCACCGUCCAUGUGAAGAAUGGGAGCUCUGGCUCAUUUGAAAGUCAGCUGUCCCUCAACUUCUACUCUAAUGCCAAGUUUUCAAGUAUAAAGGAAGCCCCUUUCGUCGUUGAAACAUCAGAAAUCGGUUCUGACAUAUUUGCUGGAGUGGAAGCCAAGGGCUUAAGCGACAGGUUCAAAGUUGUUCUCAACAACUGCUGGGCAACUCCCUCCUCAGAGUACUUCUACCAGAUCCACUGGCCUCUGAUCACCAAGGGGUGUCCCACAGACUACUCCAUCAUUGUGCACGAGAAUGGGAAAACAAACCGAGCGACCUUCCAGUUCAAUGCUUUCCGCUUCCGGAACAUCCCCAAGCUGUCCAAGGUGUGGCUACACUGCGAGACGCACGUCUGUGACAGCGAGAAGUUCUCCUGCCCAGUGAUAUGUGAUAGACGAAAACAGCGCAUGGAACAAACCGGAGGUGUUUUAGUGGCAGAGAUCUCUGUACGCAGCAAAGGUUUAUCCAGAUUUUACACACUCUCAGAUAUCAUCUUCCACCUACUCUUUGUGAUUGGAUUUUGUGCUGUUUUAUUAUAAAAUGCAGCCCAACUGUGUUUCUUAACUUCCCCCAAUCCUGUUUGGACCUGGACUUCUUUACUAAAGACGUUUAUUUUACAGAAGAAAAAUGAAAGCCACAAAAAAAUCCUUGUGCAUCAUUUUA